AGAAAACAAGCGUGCUGCCUUCCUGAACAACUAGCAUUCAUAGCUAUUUAGUAACAUAUGAUUGAGAUUAACGCAAGGCUGUGUAUUGCGUUGCUGUAAUGACUUCUGUUACGUUGCAGUUUCAAUUUUAUUACUGCUCGCUAUGGUCUGUAAAUCUUGUAAUAGAAGGUUGGAUUUAAGCAGCCCUUUGUUUACAUGCAAUUCCUCAUUCUGCGGAAGGAGGCUUUUUCAUAGUGAGCUGCGUGAUACCGACCAGCUGUUUCCCGCCUUGAAAGACAUCCGAUCAGCUGCAAAUACACACAUACGCGUACAUGCGGAAAGGGAGAGAGAGGAGAGAGAGAUCGAGCGGGAGGGAGGGAGACAGAGAGCGCCACACACACACACCGAGGAAACCCCAUCAGCUGGGAGUAGAGUAACAUUACAACUCCGUGGACUUCAUACAUAUGCAGAGACAAGCAAAAUUAUAAUAUUUUUUAUAAGUGAAAACAUUCACUGUCUAUACGCGGGCGUUUCCACGCGACUGAAACGCAACUAAAUAAAUAUAAAAAAAAUUAGAAAGGAGGAAUCGAGGACACAAAACUGGAGAAAAAAGCAUGGAGUAUUUCAUGGUGCCAGCUCCGAAGGUGCCCUCAUUGCAACAUUUCAGAAAAUCAGAAAAAGAGGUGAUCGGGGGUCUCUGUAGUCUGGCGAACAUCCCGCUCACCCCGGAGACGGCGCGUGACCAGGAGCGGCGGAUUCGCCGCGAGAUCGCCAACAGCAACGAGCGGCGCCGCAUGCAGAGCAUCAACGCUGGCUUCCAGUCGCUAAAGACUCUGAUCCCGCACAGUGACGGGGAGAAGCUCAGCAAGGCAGCCAUCCUCCAGCAGACUGCGGAGUACAUCUUUUCUCUGGAGCAGGAGAAGACGCGGCUCCUGCAGCAGAACACUCAGCUGAAGCGCUUCAUCCAGGAAUUUAGCGGUUCGUCCCCCAAGAGGAGGCGUGCUGAAGAAAAGGACGAGGGCAUCGGCUCUCCUGACAUCCUGGAGGAAGAGAAGGCGGAGGACCUGCGCAGGGAGAUGAUCGAGCUCCGGCAGCAGCUGGACAAGGAGCGUUCAGUGCGUAUGAUGCUGGAGGAACAGAUCCGCUCCCUCGAUGCUCACCUGUACCCCGAGAAGCUGAAGGUGAUCGCCCAGCAGGUGCAGGACCAGCACAUGCAGACACAGACGCAGACGCUUCUUCGGCUGCAGCAGCAGCACGAGCAGCUAGAGAGGGAGCUGCCCCCUCACAGCCCGCAGGUGCUGUCCCCUCCGACUCCCCCGGCCCCCACUCACCACGCCACUGUUAUUGUCCCCGCUCCCACGUUGCCUCCGCUGCCCCAUCAUGUAACCGUGGUUACAAUGGGCCCGACCUCUGUCAUCAACACAGCAUCCACAUCACGGCAGAACCUGGACACCAUUGUGCAGGCCAUCCAGCACAUCGAGGGAACACAGGACAAGGCCUUGGUGGCGGAGGAGGAGCAACGGCGAGCGGUCAUCGUCACCCCUGGCCGCGUCCCGCAGGACGACCCCGGCUCGGACACGGCCUCCGACAGCGAGGGUCCUGAGGACGGCUCCCUGCCCUGAUCUCUAUCCGCUCCGGGGGUGGGAGGCAGUGACCGUGGGGGAGGGACUCUCCACACACACAUGCGGCACUCUGAUAGGCUGACAGACACUUGAGGGAUUGACUGACAGACAGGUCCAGCUUACGGCGCCAGGCCCGACCCUCACUACUGACCAAUCAGCCUGCGCAGCACAUCUGGCCUCCCCGCUGCCAUCUGCUCCCUGGUUCCUGCCGAUAAGCGGGCCUGCUGGUCAUGGACCUCACAGUACCGGGCCUGACAUCUAACCUCUGUCAGCCACGCCUCCCAAACCUGAGCGCUCCAGACGACUCCCAGGGGAGGGUCUGCGAAAGGCCCCGUCUACCUGCUCCUCCCAUCCAUUUGUUUGAGCUCCUUGUCUUUCCUUGUCUUCAGCACUCUGGAGGAAGGCUGUGUUUUUUUUUUUUUUUUUUUAAAAAGUGGCUUUUUUUAAAGCGAGAUUAUGACACUGUGAGCCUUUGAAACUCUGAUCUGUUCCACACUUUCGUCAGAGGAAAUGCUGUUUUUCGUUGGCUUUUUUUGUAUGUGUUUUAUUUUACUGUGUUCAAAGUGUCUGUCCACUGCCGGUCUACGGUCUCUCCUUAGCCAGAGAAUCACAUUUUUUUAACGCUCUCAAAGCCAAAACUUUUAUCCAGCAACAAGAUCGGUGAUAGGCUGACAGACGGAUGAGAUUGUUAGCACUGUGCCCCCCCCCCCCCCCCAGGGGUCUGAGAUGAUUACUCAUUAUUCACCUAAAGAAGCCAGGUUUCUGUAGGACAGCCUGCUUUUGGCCGCGGUAUCUCCCAUCUUGAUUUUUUUUUAAACACACACCCCCCCCCAUUGAAUUUGCAUUGGCCUAAUGCCGUCAAUAAGCUAUACUGCAGGUCCUGCUGGGUCACGCCCUGUAGACGACUUUUGAGAUUUUAUUUUUACUUUAUCUUUCUGGAUUUAAUUCCCCAUUGAGUUUUUCCCCCGAUACGGUACAGGUUGCUGCGUGCUUGAGCGCGUGUGCGUGCGUGAGUGGUGUUUGUGUACUGCCUCACAGUCUUCAUGGGGGCCCCUUCUGUGUCUGUGUAUCCCAUGUAGUGUGUUUGGCUGGGGGGGGUAGCAACACUCGGUCACCUAAUUGAAACUAUGCAGCUGUACGCACAGACACACACAGACGGUCGGCUGUCUGCGCGGCGCUCACACAGGACGACUUCUCCAUGCCUCCAGACAGUGAGCGUCUCAUGAUGUGUAAAAGUUCUCCCCUGUCUGCUGCCCCCAUGAAGGGCUGCACAUCUCCUCAUCUUUGUCUGCUGGUCAUUGUUUCACGUUCUGUUACUUGAAUGGUGGCCAGAAGGCCAGAAACUCUCGCUUGUGUGUGUGUGUGUGUGUGUGUGUGCGUGUUUGAAUGCGUGUGUGUGUCCCGUCACAGCCCGCUUAGGUGCUACAAGGCAUCCGCACCUUGCUGAGUAAGAUCCUUGUGGUUUUUUUGUAACCUUUAUACAUGUAUAUUUCUGUAAAUAUGCUAGUGUUUAUCCUAUGCUUCAUAGCCUCUAUAUCCUUUCUGGCUCGUCACAUUAAGGGCUGUGGAGCGUUCUGAUGCACCCACAUAUAGGAUUACGCGUCAAGCGUUGUGUGUGUGUGUGUGUGCGCGUGUGUGUGUGUGUGUGUGUGUUUUUGUUUUUUUUGUUUUUUCCUGGAACUACGUCUUAGCGCUCCCCAUUUUAAGCCAUGCGCCACUGGGAUUCCCCGGUGGUGGAGGAUUAUGGGAUACAGGUGGCAUUUAGGACAGCCGCUAGCCUUAAUGCAGCUGUGAUGCACUAAUGGCUGCCGGUCCUCCAGGGCACCAGGGGGCGCCUAUUCCUUUGGGAUAGACUACGAUGGCCAGUUGGCCGCUGCUAUCCUUUCUUCAACGGAGCUGAAGUUGUUUUCCUUGUUUUUUUAAAAAAAAGCUUGUUCUGGUGAUUAUCAAAAAUGGAGACGGCAUUGGCAGAUGCGGGUGCUUCUUAAACAUUCCAGCACAUUCUCUCUCUAUAGUUUGUCUCCCCCUCCCCCCAGCUUAUCAUCAUUGUGUCAUCUUUGGCUGCCUUUGACGUCCCCUUUGCUGCUAAUCAGCUUUUUCGUUUUUAAACAAUUGUGGUUUUUGAGUUGACCUGCCCCUCGCUUUCAUUGCAUAGUCAUAGGAAGGACCCUCUCUAUGCGCCAAUGGAGUUGAAGCAAGGCUAAUGAUUGACAGGUGUCCCCAUGUGGGCGGGGACCAGUGGGUCAAUUGGACAAACAGUAAUCAAGGUCUGUACCCUACAUCAAAGCUAGAGAGACUCCGUGGAGAGACCACUGCCCUGAAUAGAGAGUCAAAAACACUUAUUUUCCAGGUGGGGUUUGGGGGUGGGGCAGGGUUGAAGUCAGACGGUUAUUUUAAAAACAGAUCCAGUUUUGUGUACUUAUGUCACUUCAGGGCUUUUCAGUAUCUGCGCUUAAUCAUUCCCUCUACUGAAGCCAUGAAGUUUUUACUUUCACUUUCACUUUUCUGUGGGCCUCCUGUAAGGAUCAUUUAUACAUAUCAGGCAGUGUGGAAUGCAGAGGCCCAGACUGGGGAUGUGACUCACAAGCACUUACUGUAGUACUGAUGGAGGCCUCUGUUGCUGCGAUGGCUUUCUUGCAACAGAGUGCUCUUUGUUGCUAGUUCACGCCGAAAAGCUGUGUAACCUCCCUCCUUUGCUGGACCCCUCCUAUGGCGUUCUGUGGAUCUCCCCGUAGGCGUCCCCAGACUCCCCUCCCUCAGUGCUCUGCGGACUGUAUCCCUGCAGGCGUCCCCACACUCCCCUCCCACGGCGCUCUGGGGCCUGUCUCCCUGCAGGCGUCCCCACACUCCCCUCCCACGGCGCUCUGGGGCCUGUCUCCCUGCAGGCGUCCCCACACUCCCCUCCCACGGCGCUCUGGGGCCUGUCUCCCUGCAGGCGUCCCCACACUCCCCUCCCUCAGUGCUCUGCGGACUGUAUCCCUGCAGGCGUCCCCACACUCCCCUCCCAUGGCGCUCUGGGGCCUGUCUCCCCGUAGGUGUCUCCACAAUCUCCCGCUUUUCCUUCCUUUUUAUAAUCUGUUUGGUUGUUCUUUGUUGGACUCACUCAGUCCUCAGUCAUUAAGAAGCUAUAAUAUUUUGUUUAAAAAAAUUGGGGGUGGGGGGAAAGAGGCUUGGCCUUUGUAAACAAAGAAUAAUAAAGUUUGUACUUUGUUUUUUAGA